AUGAGUACCAGAAAAGUCUCGAGGGCACAGUGUGCAAACUGCACAUGUUCCCCAGGUUUGCUUUCCCGUAACAAUAGAAGAUCCAGUUGGUUACAUAAGCAGAUAAAUAUCAAAAGAACCAACAGUGGCAACAUUUCGCCAAGAGGUGCUUCUCGUCAGGGGUCUGUAUUCACUAUCGAUGCAGCUUCAUUAUGUUUACCUGAAGUUAAGGAGGUCAACACAUCUCAAAGAUUGGUGAAGCUUAGAAAUGCCAUGGCUGAACAUAAUUUGGGAGUUUAUAUCAUUCCAAGUGAAGAUCAACAUCAAAGUGAAUAUGUUUCAUCUGCUGAUCAAAGAAGAAGUUUUAUUUCUGGAUUCCAAGGAAGUGCCGGUGUUGCUGUGGUCACCCGUGAUGUCAUGUGUAUGAAUGACACCCCUGAAGGUGCUGCUGCAUUAUCUACCGACGGUCGUUAUUUCAAUCAAGCCACCAAUGAAUUAGAUUUCAAUUGGAUUUUACUUAAACAAGGUGCUAAGGAUGAACCUACAUGGGAAGAAUGGGCUGUUUUACAAGCCAUCCAACUUUCAUUGGACUCUGGUUCUGAAAUUAGUAUUGGUGUUGAUCCUAAAUUAAUUACAUUGACUACUUUUGAAAAAUUCGAUAAAAUUAUUAGAGAUAAAUUAUCAUUAACUAAAUAUUCCAAGGCUGAAGUAUCUUUUAUUCCAGUUCAAGAAAACUUGGUUGAUAAAAUUUGGUCACAAUUUGAAGAAUUACCACCUUUACCAGCUAAUAUCAUUAAACCUCUUGAUAUUAAGUUCCAUGGUAAUGAUGUGUCUAACAAAAUCGCUAGUGUUGUUGAAGAAUUAAACUCUAAAAAUGCAAGUGGUUUGAUCAUAUCUGCCCUUGAUGAAAUUGCUUGGUUAUUAAACCUCAGAGGUUCCGAUAUUGAAUUCAAUCCUGUCUUUUACUCUUAUUUGAUCCUUACCAAUGAAGGUGAAGUCACUCUUUACGCUGAUCAUACCAGAUUUGAUACUACUGUUUCGAAACUCUUACGAGAUAAUAAUAUCAAGGUUGAACCUUAUAAUUCAUUCUGGAAGGGGUUAAAGGAAAUUUCGAGUCGAUUUAAGGACCAAAAGAAAAAACUUUUACUUCCUAAAACUGUAUCUUGGGAAAUUGUCAGAAAUGUGAAAUGUUCUUAUGAACAAGGUAGAUCUACUGUGGAAGACUUGAAGAGUAUCAAGAAUCAAGUUGAGUUGGAAGGUGCCAAGUCUGCCCAUUUGAAGGAUGGUAGAGCUCUUAUUAAGUUUUUCAGUUGGUUGGAAAAUGAAUUAAUUAAUAAUAAUGAAUUAAUCGAUGAAAUUGAAGCAGAUGAUAAACUUACCGAGUUCCGUAAACAAGAAAAGAACUUCGUUGGAUUAUCAUUUACCACCAUCAGUUCGACUGGUGCUAAUGCUGCCGUUAUCCAUUACAAGCCUAUCAAGGGAGAUUGUGCAGUUAUAAAUCCUGAUAAAAUCUAUUUAAAUGAUUCAGGGUCUCAAUUCUUGGAAGGAACUACUGAUACAACAAGAACUGUACACUUCGGUACUCCUACUAGUGAACAAAUUAAGAACUAUACUUUAGUAUUAAAGGGUAAUAUUUCUCUUGGUGCACUCAAAUUUCCAGAAAACACUACCGGAGCUCUAAUUGACUCCAUUGCAAGACAACAUUUGUGGUCUGAAUAUUUGGAUUAUGGCCAUGGUACUUCCCAUGGUAUUGGUUCAUACUUGAAUGUACAUGAAGGUCCUAUUGGUAUUGGACCACGUCCAAAUGCUGCUACCUCAUUCUUGAAACCUGGUCACUUGUUAUCCAAUGAACCAGGUUAUUAUGAAAAUGGUGAAUAUGGUAUCAGAAUUGAAAAUGUCAUGUUUGUUAAGGAAACCGGAAGAAGUUAUGGUGGCCGUAACUUUUUAGAAUUUGAAACUGUUACUCGUGUUCCAUUGUGCAAGAAGUUGAUUGACGUUAAUUUGUUGACUCCACAAGAACGUAAAUGGAUUAAUGAAUAUCAUGCUACUAUCUGGAAGGAAAUAGCUCCAACUUUAGAAAGUAACAGUAUUGAAUUACGCUGGUUGAAGAGAGAAACCACUCCAUUAUAA